AUGCCAAUCUCAGUUGGGCAACGGUCAACAACGAAUCCGCCAUCAUGGAAUUUAACAAUUGAUUCGAAAGUUAUUCCGGUCACGGGAUCAAAGUCAAUCAGUACAAUCUUAGCUCAUCUGAUGGAUUAUCUCGAUUCGUCGAAAGAUUAUUCUGAUUAUGCACUUUGGUGGCCGAAAGCGAAAACCUGGCUGACAAAUACGAAAUGGACACUUGAUCAAUAUGGUAUUCAAUCAGAUUCUCAUCUAACGUUUGUCAAUACGCAGAAAUACAUUCGUUUACAAUUACCUGAUCUACGUAUCCUAUCAAUCCGCGUUGAUUUUUCCUCAUCUGUCUUCGCAUCAGUGUCGAAACUUUGCAACGAUCUUGGAAUCCGUCAUCCUGAGGAACUUUCUUAUUUGCAUUUACGAAAAAUCUCGACUAAUAAUGAACGAAAUAGUUCACCGCGUCGUCGUCAUAAUCCGAGCUGUGGCGGUGUACUGAACCGGCAUAAUUCAAUGGGAGAUUCAUUAGCGAAUAACUUGUCAACAACGUCAACACUGUUCACACCAACAACACCGAAACUUCGAUCAACUAGCGCAUCAUCUUGCCAUCAACGCACAGGAACAAAUCUUUCGAAAUCAUUGAAUAAUUUAGCCAUCAACGAUGGAGAUUUAGCUCGAACACCGUACGCAACAACCACGAAACAUCUAUUCUCACAACUGAUUCGACCGAUAAAUUUGAUCGAAAAAUGUCGAUUGAAUAACUUAUGGUUUGAUUCAUCGAAAUCACUAAUGGAACAAAAUGUUCGUGAAAACGAUUUCAUUUUAUUACGUUUUAAAUACUACGCAUUCUACGAUCUAAAUUCAAAAUUCGAUGCAAUACGAAUCAAUCAACUGUACGAACAGGCGAAAUGGUCAAUUCUAAGUGAAGAUAUCGAAUGUACAGAAGAAGAAAUGAUGACAUUUGCUGCUUUACAACUACAAAUUCAAAUUCAAUCUUCAUCGAAAUCGAUGAUUACCUUCCAAACUAAUGAUUUCAAUGAUAAUUAUGAUAAUACCGACAUUGAUCAAGCGCUUGAGCGUCUACAAAAUUCCUUAUUAGGUAACAUGAGAAGUCACUCGAUUCAUUCAUUAAUUCAAACGAAAGAAUUUCUCUGCGAUUACUUACGUUUUUGUAAACCACGUCGAUUUCUAUUGAAAUCGUUCAAACGCUAUUGGUUUGUUCUACAUAACACUCAGUUAACAUAUUACACAGAUGAAUCUCAACAGCGCAAUACUCCGAUUGAAAAGAUUUCAUUGAAAGGUUGCGAAAUUCUUCCCGAUGUGAAUAUAUCCACAAAAAAAUAUGCGAUUCGCCUAAUGAUCCCCUCAAUUGAUGGAAUGAACGAAGCAUUGAUUAAAUGUUCGACUGAAAAACAAUAUGCAACAUGGAUGGCAGCAUUUCGUCUGGCAUCGAAAGGUCGAACUAUUGAUGAACCAUCUUAUGAAACUGAACGCGAAUCGAUCAUUGCUUUAUUGAAUAUGCAAUUGCCAAUAUCGAAUUCUCAACAUACAAAAGCAGACAUUCAACCGGAUAAUUAUGUUUCGCUCAAAUUCGCGAAAAAAUACAAAACAAAACAGAGACUAUUCGAUCGACUAUUGUCUUAUUAUUCCUAUUUAAUUGAGCGUAUUCUUGAGGCACACGCAAGUGUGAGUAACUUGGAUGGUAUCGAAGCUAAACUUCGAUAUUUGAAAGCUUGGCAGUCACUUCCUGAAUUCGGUAUAUCAACUUUUCUCGUUAAAUUCAAAGAUUCAUUCAGAAAAGAAGAAAUUCUCGGUAUUGCAUCCAAUCGUCUUAUAUGUAUGACAACGACAGGUGAAACAAUAAAAACAUGGUGGACAUCUCGAAUGCGUUCAUGGAAUGUCAAUUGGGAUAAGAAACUGGUUACCAUUGAAUUUGAUGAUGAAACCGUCCAAUUUUUACCAGUGCAUGGCACUGAUAGUAAGUGUAUACAUGAAUUUAUUGGUGCAUACAUUUUCUUGGCGAUGCGCUCAACUGCAACAAUGUCUGAUAAGAACGAUCUCUUUUGUCAAGAAUCUCUUUUUCAGCAGCUCACCGCAGCUUAUUCUUAG